AUGGAGAUUGGACUACGGGAUAAGAAAUUUGAUAAUCUGACAGUGAAGGAUUGCCGUAGUGUGCAGUUUGGAUGUACGACACACAAACACUAUCCCAAAGACUCUCCCAGAAACGAGAGUCCCAGGUUUUUUAACAUUAAAAAUAAAUCGGCAUACAAGUUCCAGAAAUUUAAACCACAAAACUACAUUCAGCUAAAAGCAUAUGAUGAGGCUGAAAAAGCUCUAUAUAAGUCUGGCAUCGUAUUUUUGAUAGGCAGUCCUGGGGCUGGAAAGACAACUUUUGGGUUUAUACUUGUGGCACGUAUCAAUGAAAACGAGAAAUGGAAGCCUUUAUACCUGACAGCUUCUUCGGAAAUUGAUGAAAUUCCAAUUCCUGAUGAUAUGGCGAAAUCAAAGCAAAGGUACAUCGUAUUAGUUGAUGACAUUGAUUCAUCAUGGAAAGAGAAAUUUGAAACAAUUGAGCUGCUAGUUAAAAUGGGAUUGAUCAAAGGAAGUUUUAGGAUCGAAGAUUUGAAUCCAUUAGAAGAUGAAGAGUUCACAAAACUGAGAAAAGUGUGUGCAAUUAAUGGACUUGUCUCGGCUGAAGAAAUAAAACAGUCGGCCAAUUCCCUAAUAGGUGUAUAUCUUGCAUAUGAUGAUGACGAUGAACAAUUUUCAUUCACCCACCCAUCAGUAUUUGAUGCUGUGUUUCUACAUUUUUCUUCAGUGAGUAUGAAACAUAGCAUUAUGAUUUGCCCUGCUUCACUGUUGGUGCAGUAUGUCAUCACAACAGAUGUGUCAAAUACCAGCAAUAUUAUAGUGAGGUUGGACAAAUGUAGAUUUUCGUAUCUUGCAAAAAGGAUAACAGACUUGUUACAAAUGUCUGACAGUGCCAGAUCUAUACUUUCACACCCAUCCUUAAGAGAUUCACCGUUUGUGGAAUAUCUAAUCAAAGAAUUCUUGAAUCCUAGAAUGGUGAAUGCCAUAUUGUCCUUAAAACUGUAUCCUCAAACUGAAAAGGAAGUGGAUCUUGUUGAUCAGGGUUAUCUGCACAGUGUUUGGAACAUGUCUGAUUUGAAAUAUAGACUUUCUGAAGUAAAGGCUCUGACAAAGGUAAAUAAAAAAGUGAUUUCUUUUAGCUCCUCGUCUGUAGCAGAGGCAGUUGUGGUUAAUGAGCUAGAAAUGUUGUCCAUUCAUUUUGCAACCAGUAUUGUCAUAGGUAAUUCCAACAUUAACAAAGGAAUAAAGUAUUUUAGUUCUCUUCCAAAUAGCCUCUUUGGACGUAAUCCUAGUAAUUGUGAACAACAACAGAACCUAUUACGAACUGCAUGCCUAAUGGGGAAUGCUGAAGUAGCUGAUAUUGUAUUAAAAUCGGGCAUUGUACCUACCAUUGAUUCAUUUAGUGCUGCUGCAGUGACAGACAAAGAUGAUAAUAGUAUAUUUGAUAGACUGUUCAAGUACAACAUGAAGUUAGGUUCGAAUGAUUGGAAACACUUGCUUCUCAUUGCACUUGCAGUUGAAAAUGAGAACAUAUCAAAGCUUUUGAUUAAAAAGAUCAGUGCAUUACCGAACUCAGAAGAGAUUCUCGAUCAAGCUGCCAUAUAUGUACUUCUUAUGACAAAUGAUGGUUCUCUCCAGAGGAGUUUGGCAACUGGAGCUGCAGCCAGGAUAUUCAGACAUUUAUCAAAAUUAUCCAAAGUUUGCAUGUGUGAUGUUGCCUUUGUUCUGGCGGCAGAGUGCAACAAUGGAAGCAUUUUAAAAGAAAUGUUUUGUGUUAACUCAGACCUGUGCUGUGCAAUGUGUCAAGAUAAAACACUUCUACUGGCACAUGCUGUUGCCCGUGGGGGGUGUUUGGAAUCGCUGGCUAUCUUGAUGGACAAUGGGUGCAACAUCAGUGCUCUCAACGCAGAACAGAAGACUGCACUACAUGUUGCAGUAGAGUUUAAUCAGCCAAAUAUGGCCAGAACGUUACUUGGAAAAGGACUGAAUGUCAAUGUUGUAGAUGGUAAUCGAGACUCCCCACUCCACAUGGCUACAAGAUGUGGAUCACUGAAAAGUGUUGCCUAUCUUUUAGAAAAUGAAGCAGGUGUGAAUAUGCAAGAUGAGGAUGGCAACACUCCACUUCACUUUGCUGCAGAGUUUGCAUCCACUGAAAUUGUAUCUUCUCUUGUGGAAAAAGGGGCCCAAGUAAAUAUACAAAAUAGAAGUAGAAAGACAGCACUUCAUCUUGCUGUACAUAAAGCAUCAUAUGAAAUUUUAAUUUAUCUUAUACGUAAUGAAUCACAAAUAAACCAGCAAGAUGACAAAGGGAAAACUCCACUUCACGUUGCUGUACAGCAUAGGUCAAUGAAAAUCACAAGUCUUCUUGUAAACAAUGGAGCAAAUGUAAAUCUUCAAAAUGUUAGUGGGGAUUCCCCAGUUCAUGCUGCUGCACAACGUAUGUCACUGGAAAUUUUAAGUUACCUUGUAGACGAAGGAGCACGAGUAGACCUAGGAAAUGAAAAUGGUGAUACUCCAAUUCAUAUUGCUGCACAACAAAAGUCGGUCGAAAUUGUACAUUAUCUUGUACAAAAAAGAGCACAAGUAAACCUGCAAAACGGAAGUGGGAAUACUUCACUUCAUAUUGCUGCACAACAAAAGUCACUAGAAAUGAUGAGCUAUCUUGUACAGAAUGGAGCACAGGUAAACCUGCAAAAUGAAAGUGGGAAUACUUCACUUUGUAUUGCUGUACAACAAAGGUCACUGGAAAUUGCAAGCUAUCUUGUACAGAAUGGAGCACAGGUAAACAUUCAAAACUAUAGUGGGAGUACUUCACUUCAUAUUGCUGCACAACAAAAGUCACUGGAAAUUGCAAGGUAUCUUGUACAGAAUGGAGCCCAGGUAAACCUACAAAACAAACAUGGGGACAGUUCAUUUCAUAUUGCUGCACAACAGAAGUCUCUGGAAAUUGCACGCUACCUUGUACAGAAUGGAGUAAAAGUAAACGUAAAAAACAAACGUGGGAACACUCCAUUUCAUAUUGCUGCACAACACAAUUCAGUUGACAUUUUAAGUUGCAUUGUAGGACAUGGAACAGAAUUAAACCUACCAAAUAAAAGUGGGAACACUCCACUUCACUUAGCUAUACAACAUGGGUCAGUUGAAACUGCACAUUGGCUUGUUGAAAAAGGAGCACAAAUUGAUAUACACAAUGAAAAUGGCGAAAUUGCACUUCACUUGGCUGCCAAAAACACUACUUUUGUAUGUGAAAAUAAUAGGUCAUUGGCAUUCAUUGAGCAUCUCGUACAAAAUGGAACAGACAUAAACCAGCAAGAUAACAGUGGGAAUACUACACUUCAUUUUGCUGUACAAUAUUGGAUAUCCAAACGUGUUCAAUACCUUUUAAAAAAAGGAGCCAAAGUAAACAUUAAAAAUCUAAGUGGGUACACACCACUUCACUUCGCCGCAUCUCACUGGCAAAUGAGCAUUGUAGAACAUCUUGUGGCAAAAGGAGCAGAUAUAAACCUACAAAAUGAAAGUGGAGACACUCCACUUCAUAUAGCCGCAAAAAACGACUUAAAUAAAAUAAAAUAUUUUGUAAAACAUGGAGCAGACAUAAAUAUAAAAAACGAAAAGGGGUGCACUCCGAUUCAUAUUGCUAUGGAAUACAAAUCACUGAAAAUUGUCCGUUACCUUGUAGAAAAAAGAGCGAAAGUAAACAUACAAAACGAAAGUGGGAAAACUCCACUUCAUUUAGCUUUUUUAUAUGAGUCUGUUGAUAUUGCAAUGUGGCUUGUAAAUAAGGGGGCACUAGUUAAUUUACAGGAUGAAAAUGGGUCCACUUCACUUCAUCUCGUAUCAGAAAGCCACGGGUCACUGGAUGAUAGUAUACAGCAAUCUAGUCAGACUACAUGUGUUUCUAGUGAUAGUAUACAGCAAUCUACUGAGACUCCUGGCCAAGUUGAUCCAGCUGCUAGUGAAGUGGACACAACCAACACUGACUCCGGUAGUCAGUCAGCCGUGACAGACAAACAGGGUGUUAACCAGCCUCAAGAUGCUCAAUCUAGUCUCGAUCAGUCAGCCGUGACAGAGGAUCAGAGUGUUAACCAGCCUCAAGAUGCUCAAUCUAGUCUCAAUCAGUCAGCCGUGACAGAGGAUCAGGGUGUUGACCAGCCUCAAGAUUCUCAAUCUAGUCACAAUCAGUCAGCCGUGACAGAGAAUCAGGGUGUUGACCAGCCACAAGAUUCUCAAUCUAGUCACAAUCAGUCAGCCGUGACAGAGAAUAUGCGUGUUGACCAGCCUCAAGAUUCUCAAUCUAAUCACGAUCAGUCAGCCGUGACAGAGAAUCAGGAUGUUGACCAGCCUCAAGAUUCUCAAUCUAAUCACGAUCAGUCAGCCGUGACAGAGAAUCAGGGUGUUGACCAGCCUCAAGAUUCUCAAUCUAAUCACGAUCAGUCAGCCGUGACAGAGAAUCAGGGUGUUGACCAGCCACAAGAUUCUCAAUCUAGAAACCUUGCAAGUCAUGUAGAAGAUGUUGAAUGUCAGGCUACUUCUCAGCCAGGAAGUCCGCUGUCCGUUGAAGGGACGACGUCGGUCCCCAAAGUUUCUCUUUUAGGUCCACCGGAUACGGCCAGGUUUCUUGUCUCAGGGUGGUAUAUGAUGGACAGGACUGAAGAAUGUGUUCAGGUGUUUGGGCAUCUGUACCACAGGGACAUUCAUCAGUGUGGGCAAGUCUCAGUCUAUAGAGGAAUCUCUGUGGUAAUCCCUGUCCAACACCUCGAGGGUAAGGGCUUUAAGUUCUGCCUGUGUGUGUUCCUCCUUGUUACCAACUCCUGGCAGGUCUAUGAUGGUGGUAAAAUCUUUAGUUUCCCAGUCUUCAUAGUCCUGCAGUGGUUCGCCCUGUUGGUCUUGUGGUGGCAAGCAUUCUGCAAGUUGUCUCUGAAGUAUUUUGGAGAUGUGAUUUAUGCUCUGUCUCUUGAGUCUGUUCUUGAUGAUGAUAUAUUGGCGUCCGGCAUGGAGAUUGGACUACAGGAUAAGAAAUUUGAUAAUCUGACAGUGAAGGAUUGCAGUAAUGUGCAGUUUGGAUGUACGACACACAAACACUAUCCCAAAGACUCUUCUGGUAAGGUUUUCAUUUCAGUAGAUUUAUCAGGUGCCGAUUCAGGGAGAGGGCACUGGAGAGUGUGCACCCCCUCCUCGAAUAUCAGAGUUCUCUGUACAUCGCAAACUGUGGCCCAUGACUUGUCAGGGGCGGAUCCAGAAAAUCCAUUUAGGGGAAACGAGAGUCCCGGGUUUUCUAACAUUAAACAUAAAUCGGCAUACAAGUUCCAGGAAUUUAAACCAGAAAACUACAUUCAGCUAAAAGCAUAUGAUGAGGCUGAAAAAGCUCUAAAUAAGUCUGGCAUCGUAUUUUUGAUAGGCAGUCCUGGGGCUGGAAAGACAACUUUUGGGUUUAUACUUGUGGCACGUAUCUAUGAAAACGAGAAAUGGAAGCCUUUAUACCUGAGAGCUCCUUCAGAAAUUGAUGAAAUUCCAGUUCCUGAUGAUAUGGCGAAAUCAAAGCAAAGGUACAUCAUAUUAGUUGAUGACAUUGAUUUAUCAUGGAAAGAGAAAUUUGAAACAAUUGAGCUGCUAGUUGAUAUAGGAUUGAUCAAAGUGAUAAUUACAUCCACAAUCCUUUUAUUUUAUCCACUUGAGAAAAGCUUCUCAAAGAACGAAAUGAGUUGUCUUUCCAAUUCUACUAUUCAUUUCUCCUUAACCAAUAAGGAAAAACUUGAUAUUCUUGAGCUGCUUCUAAACAAACAUAAUAUACCAAUGGCAAAGGAAGACAGGAGUACAGCUGCAGAACAGACAUUUGAAGAGUUGGGCUUUCCAAAUUGUUGUAAAUUUUUCGCAAAACAUUCAGAAGCGCAAAAGCGAGGUGUAGACUUUUUCAAGAGGCCUUUAGAAUAUCUUAAAGUACGUUUAGACCAACUAAAAUCAAAGAAUUCACUCCAGUAUCGUGUCCUUUUAUUGGUUUUGUGUAAUCAGGGAAGUUUUAGGAUCGGGGAUUUGAAUCGAUUAGAAGACGACGAAUUCACAAAACUGAGAGAAGUGUGUGCAAUUAAUGGACUUGUCUCGACUGAAGAAAUAAAACAGUCAGCCAAUUCCCUAACAGGUGUAUAUCUUGCAUAUGAUAAUGACGAUGAAAAAUAUUCAUUCAUCCACCCAUCAGUGUUUGAUGCUGUGUUUCUACAUUUUUCUUCAGAGAGUAUCAAACGGAGCAUUAUGAUUUGUCCUGCAUCACUGUUGGUUCAGUACGUCAUCACAUCAGAUGUGCCAAAUACUAGCAAUAUUAUAGUGAGGUUGGAGAAAUGUAGCUUUUCGCAUCUUGCAAAAAGGAUAACAGACUUGUUACAAAAGUCUGACAGUGCCAGAUGUAUACUUUCACACCCAUCCUUAAAAUAUGCACCAUUUGUGGAAUAUCUAAUCAAAGAAUUCUUGAAUUCUACAGUGUUGAAUGCCAUAUUGUCUUUAAAACUGUCUUCUCAAAUUGAAAAGGAAGUGGACCUGGUUGAUCAGGGUUAUCUACACAGUGACUGGAACAUGUCUGAUUGGAAUUAUAGACUUUCUGAAGUAAAGGCUCGGACAAAGGUAAAUAAAAAAGUGAUUUCUUUUCGCUCAUCAUCUGUUGCAGAGGCAGUUGUGGUUAAUGAGCUAGAAAUGUUGUCCAUUCAUUUUGCAACCAGUAUUGCCAUAGGUAAUUCCAACAUUAACAAAGGAAUAAAGUAUUUUAGUUCUCUUCAAAAUAGCCUCUUUGGACGUAAACCUAGUGAUUGUGAACAACAACAGAACCUACUAAGUACUGCAUGUCUGAUGGGGAAUGCUGAAGUGGCUGAUAUUUUAUUAAAUUCGGGCAUUGUACCUACCAUUGAUUCAUUAAGUGCUGCUGCAGUGACGGACAAAGAUGAUGACAGCAUAUUUGAUAAAUUGUUCAAGUACAACAAUAAGUUAGGUUCGAAUGACUGGAAACACUUGCUUCUCGCUGCACUUGCAGUUGAAAAUGAGAACAUAUCAAAGCUUUUGAUUAGACGAAUCAGUGCAUUGCCGAACUCAGAAGAGAUUCUCGAUCAAGCUGCCAUGUGUGUACUUCUUAUGACAAAUGAUGGUACUUUCCAGAGGAGUUUGGUAACUGGAGCUGCAGCCAGGAUAUUCAGACAUUUAUCAACAUUAUCCAAAGUUUGCAUGUCUGAUGUUGCCUUUGUUCUGGCGGCAGAGAGCAACAAUGGAAGUAUUUUAAAAGAAAUGUUUUCUGUUGACUCAGACCUUGGCUGUGCAAAGUGUCAAGAUAAAACACUUCUACUGGCACAUGCUGUUGCCCGUGGUGGGUGUUUGGAAUCGCUGGCUAUCUUGAUGGACAAUGGGUGCAAUAUCAGUGCUCUCAAUGCAGAACAGAAGACUGCACUACAUGUAGCAGUAGAAUUUAAUCAGCCAAAUAUGGUAAAAACAUUACUCAAAAAUGGACUGAAUGUCAAUGUUGUAGAUUGCAAUCGAGAUUCCCCACUCCACAUGGCUACAAGAUGUGGAUCACUGAAAAGUGUUGCCUAUCUUUUAGAAAAUGAAGCAGAUGUGAAUAUGCAAGAUGAUGAUGGCAACACUCCACUUCACUUUGCUGCAGAAUAUGCAUCCACUGAAAUUGUAUCUUCUCUUGUAGAAAAAGGGGCCCAAGUAAAUAUACAAAAUAGAAGUAGAAAGACAGCCAUUCAUCUUGCUGUACAUAAAGCAUCAUGUGAAAUUUUAAUUUAUCUUAUACGUAAUGAAUCACAAAUAAACCAGCAAGAUGACAAAGGGAAAACUCCACUUCACGUUGCUGUACAGUAUAGGUCAAUGAAGAUCAUAAGUCUUCUUGUAAACAAUGGAGCAAAUGUAAAUCUACAAAAUGUUAGUGGGGAUUCCUCAGUUCAUGCUGCUGCACAACGUAUGUCAUUGGAAAUUUUAAGUUACCUUGAAGACAAAGGAGCACGAGUAGACCUAAGAAAUGAAAAUGGUGAUACUCCAAUUCAUAUUGCUGCACAACGAAAGUCGAUCGAAAUUGUACGUUAUCUUGUACAAAAAAGAACAACGCAAAUAAACCUGCAGAACAAAAAUAGGGAUACUGCACUUCAUAUUGCUGUACAACAAAAGUCACUAGAAAUUGCGAGCUAUCUUAUACAGAAUGGAGCACAAGUAAACCUGCAAAACCAAUGUGGGGACACUCCAUUUCAUAUUGCUGCACAAAACAAUUCAUUGGAAAUUGUACGUUAUAUUGUAGGACAUGGAACAGAAUUAAACCUACCAAAUGAAAGUGGGAACACGCCACUUCACUUAGCUGUACAACAUGGGUCAGUUGAAACUGCACGUUGGCUUGUUGAAAAAGGAGCAAAAAUAGAUAUACAGAAUGAAAAUGGCGAAAUUGCACUUCACUUGGCUCCCAAACACAACACGUUUCUAUGUGAAAAUGAUGGGUCAUUGGCAUUCAUUGAGCAUCUCGUUCAAAAUGGAACAGACAUAAACCAGCAAGAUAACAGUGGGAAUACUACACUUCAUUUUGCUGUACAAUAUUGGAUAUCUGAACGUGUAAACUAUCUUUUAAGAAAAGGAGCCAAAGUAAACAUUAAAAAUCUUCGUGGGUACACACCACUUCACUUCGCUGUAUCUCCCAGGCAAAUGGGUUUUGUAGCUGUAUCUCGCAGGCAAAUGGAUUUUGUAGCAGCUCUUGUGGCAAAAGGAGCGGAUGUAAACCAACAAAACGAAAGUGGAGACACUCCACUUCAUAUAGCCGCAAAAAACGACUUAAAGAAAACAAAAUAUCUUGUAAAACAUGGAGCAGAAAUAAAUAUAAAAAACGAAAAGGGAUGCACUCCAAUCCAUAUUGCUGUGGAAAACAAAUCACUGAACAUUGUCCGUUACCUUGUAGAAAAAAGAGCACAAGUAAACAUACAAAACGAAAGUGGGAAAACUCCACUUCAUUUAGCUCUUUUAUAUGAAUCUGUGGAUAUUGCAAUUUGUCUUGUAAAUAAGGGAGCACUAGUUAAUUUACAGGAUGAAAAUGGGUCCACUCCACUUCAUCUCGUAUCAGCAAGCCAUGGGUCACUGGAGUUAGUGAAGCGUUUUGUAAAAAAAGGAGGACAAGUGAAUCAACAAAAUGGGAUUGGAAACAUUCCACUUCACAUUGCUACACAAUUUCAAUUACUAGAAACUGUUGGUUAUCUUGUAAACACUGGCUCAGAUAUAAACUGUCAAAACGAAAGUGGGAAAACUCCACUUCACUUUGCUGCACAGCACGAGUCUAGACGACUAUUAAGAUGCCUCGUAGGUAAAGGAGCAUAUGUAAACCAGCAGGAUGAACGUGGGGACACACCUCUCCACUUUUCUGCCCUUUGUUGCUUAAAGGACAAUGUAAUUUAUCUCUUAGAAAAUGAAGCAUGUGCUAAUUCUGAAAACAGUCUGGGCUACACACCAUUGACUUAUUCAUGUUGCUUUGAAAAUAACGAUAUUGUGCAUUAUUUAUUGGGAAAAGCUGCAAAUGUGAAUCAUGGAAACAUCACAGCAGUGCUUGCUGCAGCAGCAUUUCACUGUAAAAAUAACCUUCAGGCUCUUCUGGACAAAGGUGGAGAGGUAAACGUUCUCUCUAAGUCUGGCAGUACCCCACUUCAUAUGGCAAUGCGGUGGGAUUUACGAAAAGGAUUAUCAAAGACAUGUUUGUACUACUUUCAUGAUGGCAAAUACAUUGAUGAUUUUUUAUGUGAUGACUCUUGUGAUAGUGCAGACAUGCUGUUGAAUUUAAAACAAUUUCUGCAAAACGAUUCUCAGGUGAAUCAUGUAGGACAUCUCCUGCUUGACAAAGGUUGUUGUAUAAAUACUAGAAACAAUGCAGGCAAGACAGCAUUGCAUGUUUGUGUGGAGUACAAUCAACUUGAAAACCUUAAGUUUUUGUUGGAGAGAGGUGCUGAUGUGUCAUUAGGAGACAAGGAAGGUAACUCCGUGUUUCAUUAUGCAGCGGCUAGACUGCAGGUUGAGUUUGUGAAGACACUGGUAGAGGCUGGAGCUGUAAGUAAGAGAAACCACGAUGGACUUACACCAUCUGAUCUAGUUUCCAGUAAAGUCGAUAAUUUUGAUGGUGAUGACGUAAUCAAAUAUGGCCAAAUAAUGUCUCUAUUGUCAUAAUACGAAUUUCCUUGAGUUGUGUAUGUAGGUAGCAUUGUACUAAUUGCCAUCUUACAGGGUCAAUUUGUCAAGUCCACCUAUGUAAUUGCCGAUUAACUGUCGUGAAAUCUAUUCCAUUUAUUAUUUACUGGUAUUAAAAUCAUGUUUAAUCGAAUGAAUCCUCUACUUUUCACACGUAACAUAGGACUCGAACUUAAUGGUGGCCCCAACGGCAAUUGUAGCUGCGAUAUGAAUUGCCGUAGACCAGGGGCUUUUUCAGUGGCAUGUUUUGGGGGGUUUGCCGUCAGUUGAUGGUAUAAUUUCUAAUAAUUGCGCUGCAUCAUGAUAUAAAUGUUUAGUCGAUUUUUAAUAUUGUAUGUUAUUGUGCUAUAUUACAAUGAAAACUGUUGUGUAUUAGAUUUUAAUAUUUCAUGCUGUUGUGCUGCAUUAUGAUAUAAAUGUUUUAGUCGAUUUUUAAUAUUGUAUGUUAUUGUGCUAAAUUAUGAUAUAUUUUAUUGCUUUGUGUUUAAUCAGUUUGUAAUACCACAUGCAUUAUAACUGCAUUAACUAAAGUGCUUUUGACUGUGCGCAUGUAUGGGGCAGGACAUAGCCCAGUGGUAAGGCAUUCGUCUGAUGUGCGGUUGGUCUGAGAUCGAUCUACGUCGGUGGGCCCAUUGGGCUAUUUAUCGUUCCAUCUUGUGCACCACGACUAGUAUAUAUC